ACAAACGCAUUUGAAGAAAACAGAAAGCGAAAGUAGUAAGUAAGUGUCAGAGAUGUUUAGCUCGCACGAUUACAUCAAUAGAAAAACAGGUCCUUAUGGAACAGGGAGACUAAGCUAUUUACAGUCGCUUGUAACAGAAUUUCAAGAUACAAAUGAUAGCGAGGCAAAAGAGCAAGUGCUUGCAAAUUUAGCCAACUUUGCUUAUGAUCCUAUCAAUUAUGAAUACUUUAAAAAAUUAAACAUUGUAGAUCUCUUUCUUGAUUGCCUUGAAGACAGCAAUGACCGCAUAGUUGAAUUUGGAAUAGGUGGUAUUUGCAACUGUUGUUUAGAUAAAGAAUUCAAGCAGCACAUUCUAAACUCUGGCGGAGUUGAUCUUAUAGUAAAGUGUCUUUCAAGGCCAUUAGAGAAUACAGUCAUGUCAGCUAUCACAACUCUUAUGUUUUUAGUUACACCACAAUCCAAAGCAGAAAUCACAAUUCUACCAAUUGUAGAAUGUAUGCUGCGAAUUUCUUCUAGCAGUAAUAAGCAGUUGGCUAAUCUUGCUCAAAUAUUUUUACAGGAUUACUGUACAACAGACCAGAUAGAUGAAGCCAAGAAAUUUCAACAGGAAAUGACAGCUAAAUUUGUCGAUUGAUUUUUUCAAGCACCAGAUCUUAAAAUAAUAUGUAUACACACAGUUAAACUUUACUGCCU